CUCACCCUCUCCCUUGAGGAAACUGCUGCUUCCACCAGAUUCCAGGACUUCACAGGGAGUCCUGGAGGUGAGGUGGGGUAGUGGGAAAACUGCCCCCAGCUCCUUGAGAACUGGCUCAACAGGUCUCAGGGUUGUUUUGCAGGCCACCUGAAUAGGGAAUCAGCAGCCACCUGGCCUCUGGUUUUCUCUCCCUCCUGCGCUUCCAACUUUGUCAGCUCCCUCAUAGUUCACCUCAUACGCUUCCCUCAAGAGUGGGUUCUGCUCGGGCCUGAGUCGUCCAUCGCCACCCCUGAAUAUCCAGGCAGGAGCCUUCAGUCUACUUGGUUCAUUUCUCAGUUCUCCCCUAGUACUGUUUCAGAGCUAGAGCAACUUUCUUUGCCUUAAAACUCUCGGUCCCUCUCCUGCAAUAUAUAUCAGUGAGCAGGCUUAGUCAGAAGUUGUAAGAGUAUUGAUGUAACACUAGAAAUCUCAACUCCCUGUUAGACAUUUCCACGCCUGGAGCUAUUUUUCUGGGGUUACAGGAAAGGGGAGUCCACUCACCUACUAGUUCCCACGGAGUGGUGGCGGCUCCACCUGGCAGCCCCACCUCCUUACCCCAGGUGGCCCCAAAUCCCCUCUGAAAGGGUGCAGUUCAGGUAUCAGCAUCGCCACCUAUAAGACUUGGGCUGGGGUAAAGAGGGCAUGGAAGGCUUAGAUCAAAUGUCCUGAGUGAGGCAGGACCAGUUUGUCCCCGACACAAAACGGCUGGGAAGGAGCUACCACGGACUCUCAUUUUUGAAUCAGACCAGCCCCAGGCCUGAACUGACUGUCCACAGUCCUUGGAUUAGUCAUAGCACUGAAGAGGAGGAGAAGACAGCACCAGGCUGAGCUUGGCAGGGAGUCUGGAGUUACUGGUUUCUAAAACCAUGCAGGCGUCAGCCAGGGGAGGGGCCUCCAUGUAGGGGAAGGGCCGGAAGCUGGGGCAGGGCCCCAGGCAGCUGUGCAAGGCUGCGCAAGAAGAGGCAACACAGAAGAGAACAGAAAGGAUCCCGAUAGCCUCUUGAAACUCAGGAGAGUGGCCACUCCAGCUUUGACCACCUAAGACACCACUCCUGCUCCAUUUGUUAUUCUGAGCCCUCUGCUUACCCUGUACCCCAAGGAUGGAGCCACUGCUAGGAGUGAAAAUUGGCUGCCUGUUCGCCACGCUGGUUCUCACUCUGAUCUGUGGCCUCAUUCCCAUCUGCUUCAAAUGGUUCCAGACUGAUGCAGCCACAGGUCGACACCGCUGGAUCCUCAGCCUCCUGGGCUGCACUUCUGCUGGCAUUUUCCUGGGAGCGGGGCUCAUGCACAUGACGGCUGAAGCCUUGGAAGGAAUUGAAGCAGAGAUCCAGAAGUUGGUGACACAGAACAGGACAAAAAGUGAGGGAAAUUCUUCUGAUGUUGCUGAUUCAACUCAUAUCAAGUAUCCCUAUGGAGAGCUCAUCAUCUCCCUGGGCUUCUUCCUUGUCUUCCUUCUGGAGUCACUGGCAUUGCAGUGCUGUCCUGGGGCUGCUGGAGGAUCAACAGUGCAGGAGCAGCAGUGGGGUGGAGCUCACGGCCUUGAACUCCACAGCCAUGGACCUCUACCUCUACCCUCCCGGGGUCCCCUGCGAGCCUUCAUCCUCUUGCUCUCACUCUACUUUCACUCCGUGUUUGAAGGUCUAGCUGUGGGGCUGCAGUCCACAGUGGCAGCCACCGUGCAGCUCUGUCUUGCCGUCCUGGCUCACAAGGGGCUUGUAGUGUUCAGUGUAGGACUGCGGCUGGUGCAGAGACACACUGGAUCACGUUGGACCAUGCUUUCCAUAGUGUCCUUAGCUCUCAUGUUCCCCCUGGGCCUAGCCCUAGGGCUGGCUGUGGCUGAAGAAGACUCUGAGGCGGGGCAAGGCUUGGCCCAGGCUGUGUUAGAAGGUGUGGCGGCUGGCACCUUCCUGUAUGUCACCUUCCUAGAAAUUCUGCCCCAGGAGCUAGCAAGUCCUGAGGCCCCUCUGGCCAAGUGGGGCUGUGUAGCUGCUGGUUUUGCCUUCAUGGCUGUUAUUGCCUUGUGGGCCUGAGAGAUUCCUGA